AGCAUGGCAGCAAGUGUGAUCAGGAAUCUAAGUAAUCUGGAUUUGGCGAAGCCCUUCCCUCCCUGCUUCUUUCUGGCUGAGGAUGAAGAGGAGACUGAGGAAGAGUAUGAAGAGGACCUGAGAGACGACAGUCUGGAGGAUGAUAAUGAUGAUGGAGGAGCAAAUCAAGAUGAAGAAUCCCAAAGUUUCGAUUCCUCCUCAAAUAACGCUGAAAUGACUACCCAGCUCCUGCGCUUCGCUGAGCUCAUCAGUAGCGACGUUCAGCGCUACUUCGGCCGGAGCACAGAUCCCGACGGCUGUGACAUUUACGCAGAAAGACCAUGUCCCAAAGUUAGUGGCCGCCAGCGCUACUACGCAGACUUUAUCAAAGUGGCGUCUUCGGGGCCACCGGAGCAGCCGGAGCCACUGGGGCCCCUCGCGGAGCUCUUCCAGGAGGCUCAGAGGAAAAGCCGGGGGUUACCGAUGAACCAGCGCCGCCUUCCUGUCAGCUUCUGGACGGAGCCUGUGGCGCAGCAGCUCCAUGUGUUGAAUGAUACCUGUGAUUCAGACACGCAGGAGGUCUCGCUCGGCCUGAUCCACAAUCCUGAUGGCUCCAUUGGCAUGUUCAGCACCGGCAUGAGCAGCUCCAGCCUCUCCGGCACGCUCAGCAGCUCCAGCACUCCAGACUUCAGUGAUUUACUCGCUCACUGGGCCACAGACAGAGACAAUCCUGCUGAGUUCAGCUGUGACUACCAGAUAUCUUAACCAAUGCACAAAGAUCACAUUCUUAAAGAGAUUUAACCAAAAAUGAACAUUUACUCACUAUGUAUUCACCCUCAAUUGUUUCAAACCUUUAUGUGUUGCUAUGUUUUGUUAAACGCAAAGGAAGAUAGUUUGAAAAAAAA